AAGCUCGGGGAGGCUGCAAGUGGAGCUCAGACUAGCUCAGCACUGCUGGGGGCACGUUCCCCUAUAGAAGGGGGGGAGCCCUCGCCCCUCUCUGGCACACACGCAACCCCGCCCGGCUGGAGCUGUCCACGCGUCGUGGUGCUGAACCUGGUCCCUGAGCCCCGUCGCGUGCAUCCCGGAGAGGCGCUGGCCGCGCGGCUGAGCAAGGCGGAGCUCGGAGCUGUCCAUCGGCUCGGGUGGCGACCCGUAAACCUGCCGGCAGAGCGGAGCCGCUGGUCCAUGGGAGGCGGAGCGGGGCUGGUCUGAGCCGGGCGCCGGGAGCCUAGCGGGGGCAGAGCGCUCCAGCCACACCUGCUGCUCGUUCAGCCGAGCCCCGCUAUGGCGUUCAUGGUGAAGUCCAUGGUGGGCGGCCAGCUGAAGAACCUCACCGGGGGGCUGGGCGGCGAGGAGAAGGGCGAUGGCGAGAAAUCCCCGGCCGAAGCCCAGGGGAUGACGCGGGAGGAGUAUGAAGAAUACCAGAAGCAGCUACUGGAGGAAAAGAUGGAAAGGGAUGCCCAGUUCACCCAGCGCAAAGCAGAGAGAGCCACGCUCCGGACCCACUUUAGAGACAAGUACCGGCUCCCCAAGAAUGAAACAGAUGAUAGUCAGAUCCAGCUAGCAGGAGGGGACGUGGAGCUCCCGAAAGAGCUGGCUAAGAUGAUCGAGCAAGACAACGAGGAGGAAGAGGAAAAGGACUCUGUUAUCGGACAGCUGACCAGCAUCCAGAACCUGGACCUUGAUUCCCUGAAGGAUAAAGCCCAGGCCACGCUAGAGGACCUGAAGCAGUCAGCUGAAAAGUGUUCUAUUAUGUGACGCAGCUGGUUCCCUCGACGUAACACCCCAUUCUGAACCGUAUAAUGUUGGGGGGGAGGAGGGAUGCAGUGGAUGGUCUGGGGGAAAUGAUGGUGUAUGAAAAUUAACUAGUGGGAACCCCACAGAGUUUGUCACCCUUCCCUAUGUGACUUGGAUAUCUUUUCUAAACCCAUGCUCCACCUAGAUUCCACGAAACAGACUUACAUGUCCUGUUCCUCUCAUGACGUGUGUUUUCCAUUGCGAGGCCGGAGUCAGGAGGCAGCACUGUUCGCCCCCAGCACCCCUCCUGAGGUCAGAUCUAAAACUGCCUGUGCCACUGCUCAUGUGGGUGACCGAGUUCCUCUGCCCAUUUUAAUCUUUGAGUGCAGAAGGGAGGGAUGGUUGUGCUGAGGGUUGCUGAGCCAUGCCUGUGAAUGGGAGCAAAAAACCUCUUUAGAGGAGCAGACUGGCAUUGCUCCUCUGCCUUCACUCCCAUCUUGGUGAAGGAGAUUUGGAGCAAACCUCCUGGAGGCGAUGACCAGUGUUCCCUUUGCUUGCCAGACACAAGCCGUGACAGGGAAAUUUCCCACAUCCACUUAACUAAGGCCAAGAAAUAAUACUACUACUUUGCCCUGAUAGCACCUUUCAUGCAUUGAUCUCAAAGCACUUAGCAAAGGAGGGGACAGUUAUAUUGGUCCCAUUUUAGAGGGGGGAAACUGAGGCACAGAGCAGUUACGCUACUUGCCCAGGUCAGCGGCAGGAUCAGGAAUAGAGUCCAGACUGGUGGGUGCUCAGUCAGCUUAGACCAUAGUCACCCUUCCGUGUAAGAAAUGUCACUUACUGGAAAUGCGUUCAAAUGCUGUGUCACUUCUACAGUAUGGGGCCUACUAUAAUUCAUGUUCCUUAAAGGAGAGAGGAUAAUUCAGCUCUGUGUAAUGAGGGGGAAAUCUAUCUAUACAUUGUGAUGUAACCAUGCCAAGUUUUCGUCUGCCUUUCUACCCCUUAUAUACCCUCCUUAUUCUAUGGUAUUGAUAUAACUGAUGGAAUAAAUACCAGGAGAUC